UCGAGGUGUUCAACGACGCACCAGUCAGCACCCUGUUUAACGUUGAGCCAGCCAAUGGUAAAACAGAAGAAUCUACACUUGUCCAGAUACUUCUUCCUCGCCCAAAACAAUUCUCCUCCUGAAACUUCUGGAACUUCUCGAAUCUCAACCCCCUCUAUAAAAACCUCUCAGCCCUCCUUCCUCCGCCAUCACAGAGCUCAACAAGAACUCGCGAGUCCCGAGAAGAAAAAAGAGUUCGUCGCAGCUGAUGAUGGAUAGCCCGUUCUUCAGGAGCCAUUGGAGCGCGCCUUCCCAACCCCGUCCUCGCUACUACUCCCCUCCCGUCAGAGCCGUCCCGAUCCACCGCCCGGCGGCGCCGUCGCCGUCCCCGAAGGUUGUCUCGAUCCCCGUCCACUUCGUCGGAUCGGAGCGGAGCCGGUCCGCCUCGGCGCUCAAGAUCCAGAGCGUGUUCAGGGGAUUCCUCGUGCGGAGGAGCGUGAGGAGGAUCGCGGCGGUGCGGAGGGAGGUCGACGAGGUCGAGAGGAGGAUCUCGACCGCGGAGGCGGUGGAGCUGUUGAGGCGAGACGAGAGGGAGAGGCUGAAGGUGAACGAGACGCUGAUGAGUCUGCUCUUCAGGUUGGACUCGGUCCGAGGCGUGGAUGGCGGGGUGAGGGAGUGCAGGAAGGCGGUGACCAGGAGAGCGAUCGCGUUGCAGGAGAGAGUGGACGCCAUCGUCGCCGGACAGAGCAUGGAUGAUUCUGCCAAGGAGGCAGAUGUCGAAGGUGGCGAUGUGGCGGAGAGAGAAUCUGCAGAGGCUGACAAUCGUGGCUCUGGUGUUGCGCCUCUGUCGAGCACAACCGAGGCUGUUACGGCGCGAUUGGGAGAAGGAAGUGGACCAGAAAUGGCGGACGCGGAGCAUUCGGUCGAUGCUGGUAGCGAGAGUUACCAAACAGAAGAAACUCCAGCGGCGCGCGAGGUGCAUGCGGCGCCAGAGGCUGACGUGGCGGCGAAGCCGGAGGGGGAACAUUCUGUUGAAGCUGAUGCAGGUAGGGAUCGGGAGAUGGAACAGCCGGCGGCCGCCGAAGUAGAUACCGAAGCACGCGAGCCAGAGACUGAGAUGCACGCGAACGGUGAUGAGAUCACGGCGGACAAUUACACUGUUCAAUCGCCGUGCGAACCCGUGGGAGAUGCCAUGGCCACUGGAGCGGAAAGCUCGGCUGAUUCCUCCACCAAUCCUCAGAGCCUGGUCGAGGGAAUCGACGAGAACGCUCCGCCGAAGGAAGACGCCGGGACGGAGGCUCCAAAGCCCGACGAAGACGAAGAGAGCGGAGGCUGGGAGAGCGCGGAAAAGGACAGCAGGAGGAGCAAGGAGUUGCUGGAGAGGAUGGUGGAGGACAAUGAGAAAAUAAUGGGGCUAAUGGCAGAGAUUUUCGAGAGGAACGAACGGCAGACCAGGUUGCUGAGCUCGCUGUCGCAGAGGGUGGAGCAACUGGAGAGGGCCUUCCUGUGCGAGAAGCUGAGGAGGAAGAAGAGGAGGCAGGCCGCCGGCCGGUGCGACGGGAUAGACUGUUCGGCCACGUCGCCGGACCCGAAGAAAUGGGAGAAGAGAUGAGACGGACAGCGAUGGGGGAUCCGAAUGUCUGGUAGUUGCUAAAGAAUUGAUGUAUGAGGGAGAAAAAAAAAAAACUGCAGCAUUCUUCCAUUUUUGUUUUUUUUUUCUCUAUUUUACCCUUUUUCUUCUGUUACAGAAUAAAAUCGCAGUCGGAAAUGCCGGGUUGUUUUUGGGCUUCUGUUAA